AUGGCGUUGGUCGCGUUUUUGAGCUCGGUGAGUUUUUUUUUUUGAAAUUUUGAAUUUACAAAAAUUUCCCGCCAAAAAAAACUCGCGCUUUUUCCCACCCUCACAUAAAACAAAGCGCCAUAAAUAAAUUUUCGACGCUUUUUUCGCACGAUAAAAAGUUUUCUUUUUUUCACGAAAAACUUUUUUUUAGUUAAAAAAAACCCCAAAACUUCUUGUGGUCUUGCAGCGAUGUUUGUUCAUUUGUUGUGCGCCUUUAGGGGUACUGUAGCGUGUUUUUUAUUUUUUUGUUUUCUGAAAUUUUUGUUUUUUUUCUUGUUUUGAGCUGGAAUUUGACUGUAAGAGCUGGGAUUUUUGAUUUGUAGAUCUUUCAGCCACAGAAAAUGCUGAAAUUAUUUAUUUUUCAUGAAAAUUUAGUCUGAAAAUAGGGCUUUCAUGAAAAAACAAAUUUUCAAGUUUCUGGGGCUGAAAAUUGAGAUUUUCUAGAAUUUUCACAAGGAAAAAGUUAACUGAAAGCUGGAAAAAAGGGAUUUUACAUAAAAGCUUCAUUUUAGAAUCCGAUUUUCAAUGAAACUUCAUGAAAAUUCGGGUUUUUUAAAAUUUUCGGUUUCUAAAGACGAAAAUAGCCGAUUUUCCUCAAUUCAGCGUGAAAAGCCUGAAAUUCGAGUCGCUGAGCUAAAUUUAUUGAUUUUUUUCACAAAAAGGUCCAACGAACACGUUUCCAAGGUCACGAAAACGAAAUUUUCUUUCAUUUUCGAAAUUUACAGCUACAUGUAACAAUUUUUCGUAUGAUUUUGAGGAGGAUUUUCAAUUUUUCAGUUAGUUUUAUACUUUUCGCGCCAAAAAUCCACGUGGUUUUACUCGCGUCGCGUGUGCGUAGCGGGUCAUAAAAAGUGAAUGAAUUUUCAAUUAUUUUCCAAAGUGCUUGCACUUUUCUAUCUCUUCCCAUUCUCUAAUAUGAGCAAUAAAUCUUUCAAUGUUUUUUUUGUGUGUUGGCUGCUCUUUUUGAGCACAAAAUCAAAUCUUCGGCUUCUUUCAGCUUUUGCUAGCCUAAAAUUGAUUUCUCUAAUUCUCUGCGUCUCUCGCAGAGUGGUUUUUUGCAUAUUUUUUCGAAGAGAAAUCACGUUUUUUUGUGGGUAAUUUGAGGCUCUCAAAUUACUCGAGCAACAAAAAAAAAGUUUUUUGUUGCGAAAAAAUUUGCGAAAAAAGUAGCGCUUAUCAAUUAGUUUUGGUGAUAAUUUAUUGGAUUAUUUUCGAACAAAAAAAAAAGUUUUUUUCAUAUUUUUUUGUUUUUUGAUAUUUUGAUUUCAUAAGGUUAUUUUUCACGUGGCAAAUUUUUGGCUCCAAAACUUAAAUCUUUAAAAAAAUUGAGAAUUGUGCCAGAGAAAAACAAUUUUUCAGAAAGUCGUAAAGAUAACAUCUGGAAGUAAAUUUUCAAAUCAAAAAUUUUUACGACCUUUUUUUCAGCCGAAAAAAUGGCGCCUGAUGUUUGUUGUGCAGAAAUAAGUGCUCAAAAAUUUGUUUUUCUUGUGCCACGUGGAUUUUUGGCUCCGGAAAAAAAAUUAAAAAUUUUAUUUUUUUGUGUCACGUGUUUCCACGUGAAAUUUGAACAUUUUCAAAAAAUUUCGAGAUUUUUUGUGAGCUUUUCUCUGGCGCCAUUUUCUCAUUUUUUUUUCGUCUGAAAAGCAAAGUCGUAAAAAUUCCAGAUGUUAUCUUUACGACUUUCUGAAAAUAUUUUUGAGCACAAAAUUAUUUCUAUUUUUUCGCUACAAUUUUUGGUUGCUCAAAAGUUCAACGUUCUAUUUGCCAAAAAGAUUACGCUGCCCCGGGGCAAAAAAUUUUCGAGGAAAAAAUGAAACCGAGAAAAUUUUGGAGGGGCAAAUUUAUUUUUUAUUCACUUUCUUUGACACUUUUAAAAGCUUGAGUGCUUUUUUUGCUUUUUUGAGGGAAAAAUUCGAUUUUUUGUGAAAAUUUGAAAAUUUUCCCUGUUUCUAAAGCUGAAAAUGUCUAUUUUCAGCAUUUUUUGACUGAAAAAGCUGAAAAUCAAUUUUCCCCUAAAAACAACAAAGCAUUAUAUUCUUUUGUUUUCGUUUUCUGCAAGAAAAAUUGAUUUUUCUGCAAAUUUUCCAAGGAAAAAAGGCUUCUCCUGCGACUUUUCUCCAAAUUUUGAAUUCAAAAAAAUUUUGCAGAUGGUCCAAUCAGCGAGUUGUGCCACAACUAAUAACAACAAUAUUUUGGCGGCGAAUCGAACAAUUUCAGAGAAAUUUGUGAAAUUGACUGGAAUUUCAGCGGGGAAAACGGAAAAAUUGAUGGAAAAAUGGAUUGGGGUGAGUCUUUUGGGGGAAAUUGGGUCUGAAACUGUAAAUUUUGUUGAAAAUUGUGCUUCAUGAGCUGGAAAUAUCGAUUUUUUAUGAAAUUUUGGUCUGGAAGUUUGAUUUUCACCAGAAUUGAAUUUUUCAAGCUUAGAAGCUGAAACUUUGCUGAAAAUUCCGCUUCAGAAGCUAGAAAUAUCGAUUUUUCAUGAAAUUUUGGUCGAGAAUUGAAUUUUUCAGCUUCAGAAGCUAGAAAUACCUGAAAAUAAGCUUCGAAAGCUGAAAUAAUCAAUUUUUCAUGAAAAUAUACAUUUCUAUAGCUCCUGGAGCUGAAUUUUACGAUUUUCCACAAGUUCCUAAAUCUGAAACUAUGAAUUUUGCUGAAAUUUCUCAUCUAAAAGCUGAAAAUUUGGUUUUUUUGAUGGAAAUUUGGUCCAGAAUUGAAUUUUUCAGGUUCAGAAGCUGAAAAUAUUGAUUUUUCAUGAAAAAUUUACAUUUUCAGCCUUUGAAGAUUUUUCACAAGUUCCUUAAUCUGAAACUAUGCAUUUAGCUAGAAAUUUUGAUCUAGAAGCUGAAAAUUUGGGUUUUUAAAUGAAUAAUCAGACUCCACAGCUUCUGGAGCAGAAAUUUCGGAAAAUUCAAGCUCCAGGGGUCAAAUUUUUGAGUUUUUGAUGAAAAUUUCAGCUUGUUUUUUCAGUUUCUCGAGCUCAAAAUCCCAGAUUUUUGAUCUAAAACCAUGUUUAACCCAAUUUUUCUCACAGAAUCGUCCCUGGACCCCCGAAACCUCUUCACAAUUCGAUUCGGAAAUCAUCGAACCAUUGAAAAAUCUUCGAAUCGCUCUUUUGGUUGUCGAUUUUCAGAAUGAUUUUGUGAAUGGAAGUCUGAAAAUUGGGGUGAGUUAAGAAUUUUGCAAUUUUUUUCUAGAAAAAAAAAUUCAAAAUUUCAAUUUCAGGACGGCGAUGCUGGUCAAGAUCCACUUGAAGCAAUUCCAAAACUCAACAAUUUAUUAGAAAAUUCGAAAUGGGAUAUGAUUGUUUAUACAAAAGAUUGGCAUCCACCAAAUCAUAUCUCAUUUUUAUCGCAAGCCUAUGAUUCGGAUCGAAAAUUUGAUAGAAAAUCUGAAGAUCUCAAAGUGUUUGAUUCAGUAUUGUUUACUGAACCUUUCAAGACAAAUCAGACAUUAUAUCCUGAUCAUUGUAUUCAAAAUUCUGAAGGAGCUGAAAUUUAUCCAGAUAUUUCUAUAAUUCCGGAUUCCACGUAUAUUUUGAAAGGUAAACUUGAUGAAUGAAACUCAAAAUUCACUUACUUCACAAAAAAUUGAAGUUGAACAUGAAUUUUCUGAAAAAAUAAAAGAUGUGGCCGAAUUCCCGACAUUUCUCGGCCACAUUUUUUUUCUCAAAUUCAUGUUCAACUUCAAUUUUUUGUGAAGUAAGUGCAUUUUGAGUUUCAUUUAUCAAUUUAAUAUGAGGAAUGCUUUAAAAAUCUUGAAUUUUGUAGAAUUAUCACUAUGUAUGUAAAUGUUAAGUUAACUUAACAUAUAGUGCUUUUUUAAACGAAAUUCAGGAUUCUCAGAGCAUUGCUCAUAUUAAACCUUCCUCUGUCAAUUUUUCCCAUUUUCCAGGAACAAAUCCCUAUUUGGAUAGUUAUAGUGCAUUCAAUGAUAAUAAUGGGAAAGACAAAACGGAUUUGGAGGAAAUUUUGAGAAAUAAUGGAAUUCAGGCGGUUGUUAUUGCUGGAUUGGCCUAUGAUAUUUGCGUGAAGUUUACCUGUUUGGUGAGUUUUUUCUGAAAAUUUGAGUUUUUCAUGAUUUUUUUAACCUGAAAUUCGUCCCAAGACCUUCAAAGAUCUGAAUCUUUCCAAAAAUUAAUUCCAGGACGCAGUUCGUCUCAAUUUCCUCUCCUCAGUCAUCCCUGAAUGUUCCGCUGGUUUGCUGAAAAAUUCGAUAAUCGAAGCGGAAAAAGAAUUCGCCGACAGUGGAGUUGCGAUAAUUUCAGCCGAACAAGCUCAGAAAAUAUCGAAUCGAAGUUUUAUUCCGGAAGAAUGGAUUCGAAAAUUGACGAAUCUUUAA